AUGGCACGUCGUCCACUACUUCUUUUGUUCGCUGAGAUGCCGGAAUGGUUCCGACGUGAAUCCAACAAUUGGAUUCUUCAAGGCUAUCGACCUAUCUCAGGAUCAAUUCGUGCUUCGUUCCAUAGCAGGUCAUAUAUCCACAAUGAGUCGGUCAACAUCUAUUCGCACCUCAUCCCCGGCAUGCUCUUCCUCCUCGGCGAGGUUUAUAUCAUGCACUACCUCGCUGUCAAAUAUGAUGGAGUCAAUGCCGCUGAUUUCAUCGCCUUUUCGAUCUUCAUGCUAGCUGCUACGAUUUGUUUGUUGAUGUCGGCGGUGUAUCAUACGCUGAUGAAUCACUCUCAGCAUGUGGAACGUGUAUGCCUACGACUGGAUAUGUUGGGCGUAGUGGUUUUCAUAAUGGGUGACCUUGUCCUGGGAAUUCACGUGGUGUUUUGGUGUGAACCUGUUGCACGCCGUGUUUGGUCUAUGAUCGCACUCUUCGGAGGACUAACCAUCUUCAUGACAACUCAUCCCAAGUUCCAGGGCUUAAAAUAUCGUCUCGCCCGAGCACUGAUGUUUGUGGCGACCGGCUUGUGCGGUGUUGCGCCAGUGAUACAUGGACUCAAGAUAUUUGGCAUAUCACAGAUGAUGAAGAAGGCUUUUCCGUAUACUAUGGCAAAAGCAGGCUGCUUGUUAUCUGGGACUGCGUUUUAUGCAGUAAGUUCUCCCAAGGUGGCACGAAAGGAAGAUAUGGACUUAAUAUGAAGGGAAUCUAGACUAGGUUUCCGGAAUGCCGAUAUGGGGGCAGAUUCGAUCUUUGCGGCUCUCAUGCGGUUUUUCAUGUCUUGGGGUAUGUGCUGCUGUGGUUCAGUUGGUGGGGUUUUUGGAUGCCUUUCGCUAUGCACAGGCAAAUGUUACUUGCUCGUCUCUGUGAAGAAGACAUAUAUGCCGUGCAUAGGAAUUUCCGGCUGUUAAGACGAGCUUCAAGACGCAAUCAGUGUAAUAAUACAGGGAGC